UCCACCCAUAUCCCCAUAAACAAUGUCUGGAGAAAUCAGGAGGAAACUCGUCAUCGUCGGCGAUGGUGCUUGUGGAAAGACAUGUCUCUUGAUUGUAUUCAGCAAGGGCAUGUUCCCCGAGGUCUACGUCCCCACCGUCUUUGAGAACUAUGUCGCCGACGUCGAGGUCGAUGGCAAGAAGGUCGAGCUGGCCUUGUGGGAUACUGCUGGACAGGAAGACUACGACCGUCUUCGACCCCUCUCCUACCCCGACUCGCACGUCAUUCUCAUCUGCUUCGCCAUCGACUCUCCUGAUUCCCUCGACAACGUCCAAGAAAAGUGGAUCUCUGAAGUCCUUCACUUCUGCCAAGGCCUCCCCAUCGUCCUCGUCGCUUGUAAGAAGGAUCUCCGAGAGGACCCCAAGACUACCCAGGACCUUGCUAGGAUGAACCAGAGGCCCGUCUCCCGCGCUGAGGGUGUUGCUGUUGCGCAAAAGAUUGGCGCCCAGGGCUACGUGGAGUGCAGUGCAAAGACUGGCGAGGGAGUGAGGGAGGUGUUCCAGACUGCUACCAGGCAUGCUCUCCAGAGCAAGAAGGGCAAGAGCAGGAGCGGCAAGAAGGGAUGCGUCGUGCUCUGAGAAGAGGGACUUUGUCAUCGAGUCCCCUUGUCCCUUUCUCAAAGUUGUACUUUAUCUUGUUAAGACGGAACUGGCUGGCGUUUCUCUAUACCUCUUCCCCUUCAUCAUUCUACUUUGUUGCGAAAUGGUUUACCCAAUACAUCCAACGACCUUUCAAGCAUUCCACUUUUUUUUGCUCAUUUCAAUUCUAGUUACCCCUUUUAUCGCCCCCUUUCCUACACGCCCUGCCCGUCUCUUCUGUGAUUUGAUGAAUCGAUGAGUUAGUUACGCCUGCUCGGGUU